GUCACUAAUAAAACAAUCAACACAAUCAACACGACGACGUGUAAGAAAAAGGGCCAGCAGCAGCCAGCAAAAAAGAGUCCCAUUUGAAUCGCACGCGUGCGCACGGCCAUAUAAGCACUAACACAAACUCAUUCACACCUAAUCAUCCUUUACCUCUUUCUUCAUCAUCAUCUUUUUUCACAUUCUUGACAUCUUAUCUUCAUAAUGGAUCGCAUCAAAGAGAAAUUGAACUCCUUACGCGCAGAAGCAGACGCUGCUCUAGAACGAGCAGAGGCAGCAGAAGCCAAAAACAAACAUCUAGAACAAGAAAAUCUGCAGAAAGACCAAGAAAUCACAUCUCUUCAACAUAAGCUCAACGUCAUGGAGGCAGAUCUUGAAAAGGUCGAAGCGCAAGUGAAGGAUCACAAGGCUUCCAAAUUGUCAGAAGAUGAUUCCAAGUCAAAUGCCGACAUCUUGCAGCGCAAAUUAUCCAUGUUGGAAGAAGAACUGGAAACAACGGAAAAGAACUUGCGCGAGACAACAGAAAAACUCCGCCAAGUUGAUGUGAAAGCAGAACACUUCGAAAAGCAAGUUCAUCGUGUUGAAUCAGAGCGCGAUCAAUGGGAGAGAAAGUUCGAAGAAGCGCAAGAAAAGUAUUAUGCUUCGAAAAAAGAAUUGGACGAAGUUGUUCAACAAAUGGAAAGCCUUUGAUAUCGUUGACCACAUUUCAACAGUCUUGCUGCUGGCAACACACCAUUCUUGUAUUCGAUAAACUACUUUUUUUCAAAUUCUCACAAUUGACCAUUGUAAUCCCUAAAUGUGAGCUGAAGAGUGAUAUGACAUUAAAUAGUGAUUGCGGAUGAUAUGUCGGCCAACUUGAUCACCAAUGCAUCACAAAGAGCUUACUUCCUCUGGAAGAUUUGAAUUUUCCCCUUUAUCCUUCAAACACCACCUCCCACAUUCCUGUGCUUUCGACGGUUGACUUCCCCCGAUCUCAAAAACAUGUAUGAAGCAAUAAAGAAUGAAACAAGAUGUGGCCUA